AUGAACUGUGGAAAAACGGAGUCAAUUAGUACGUUGAGCGAACAUGAAGAUGAUCUCGAUGAAUUUGAAGGAUCAAUUAUUUGGUCCCAAGAGGAACCACUUUCAUCGAAUGAAAUUUUAGAAUUAACUCCAGAUCCUGAAAAACAAAAUCAAUUAAAAUCUUUAUGCCGUUUAUGCGCGGGAGAAACUUUACAUCCGAUUUAUAUUUACUCCGAAUUCGGUGAAUCUUUGAGACUUUUGCAUAAAAUAAAUACUUGUUUAAGUAUUAAGGUAAAAAAAACAGAUCCUCUUCCAAAACAACUUUGUCCAACUUGUGUUGAAAAGAUAACUUGGUGUAAUGAAUUUGAUAUUCAGUGUAUCAGAGCUGAAGAAACUCUUUUUGAAAUUUUAAAACAAAAACAUUCUUUCAAUAAUACUAAAAAUGAUUGUCAGGAAAAUUCUCAGGAAAAUAUAGAUUCUUGUCCAUUAUGCAUUGAAGGACGAAUGAGAAUUUAUGAAGAGGAUAAAGAAACCAAAAAAGAUGUUGAAUUAUAUGAUAGUGAUAUUGUUCUUGAGAGUAGUGAUGAGGAACAAAUUCCUAAUGAAAUUAAAAUUGAUGAAGAACCAGAAAAUGAAUCCAUAACAUUAUUCUGUUUGGGUACUAAACAAAAAUAUUUGAAAUGCGGAGCUUGUAUGAAUUUAUAUCAUACAAAAGAAACUUUGGAUGAACACAAAUGCAAACCUAAUUUACAAUGUACUUCUAAGCCUUAUAAAUGUGAUAUUUGCUUUGCAACUUUUACAUUUGAGGAACGGUUACAAUUUCAUCAACAUUUUCAUAAAGAUGCAAAAGCAUUAUAUUGUGAAAUUUGCAAAAUUACGUUUGGAAAGGAAUUAAAAUUAUUUUAUCAUUAUAAAAGAUAUCAUUGUAAAGAUGGUAGAGUAUCCUGCUUACAAUGUGGAAAAUUAUUUGAAAAUCAAGAAGGAUUAAAAAAACAUAUUUGUGUGGAUGGAAAAACAAGACCACAUGUAUGUGAAGUUUGUUCUAAGGGAUUUUGUGAUGGCUAUACUUUGAAACGCCACAUAGUAACUCAUCUUCCAGAAAAACCAUAUAAAUGUCCAGAAUGUUCUAAAAGCUUCACACAAAAAUCAAGAUUGAAUAAACAUAUAGCUGGGCACAGUAUUAUUUUUGAAAACAGUCAAACUAUUUGGAGAUGCAUUUGUUGUGGUGAAACAUUUGGAAGUUGUGAAUCUGCAGAUGAGCACUGUAAAAAACAUGAAGAUAAAAUUAGUCUUAUAGAAGAAAUGCAAGUAUUGAAGCUAUAUCACUGUGAAUUUUGUAGCAGUCACUUUGCAGAUAUGGAUCAUUUAAAAAGUCAUAGAGAAUCACAUGUUAUUGAGAAACCAUAUUCUUGCAAUCAUUGCAACUCUAUAUUCAAAUCCUUCGCAGAAGCUGUUCUUCAUUGGAAAGAACAUCCAAGAAUAUUCAAAGUUCUAGUAGUGUUUUUGUGUGAAAUAUGUGAUAGAGAUGUUAAAGAAUUAUCUUUGCUUUAUAAGCAUAAACAGAAAAGACAUCAACCAAUACCUAGAAAAUCAGAAAAAGGUAAAGAAAAGUUCAUUUGCGAACUCUGUGGAAGUAUCUUUAUAAGUAUUGAAGAUUUUCAAGAACAUGGAAAAUACAGAUGCUCUAAAUUCCCAUGUGAUAUUUGUGGCAGUCUUUUACCAACAGCAAAUUCUUUAAAUGCGCACAAAAGAAGACACAGUGGACUACGACCGUAUGUUUGUAAUAUUUGCGGUAAAAGUUAUACUCAAUCCAGUCAUAUGUGGACUCAUAAAAGAUUUCAUAUGGGUGUAAAACCUUAUGCCUGUGAAUAUUGUGACCAGAGAUUCACAAUAAAGCCAGAUCUAGCUGAUCAUACUAGAAAAAAACAUACAAGAGAACGGCCAUUCAAAUGUGAUGUUUGUAACAAAGCAUUCUUAACUGGUUCUGUAUUUUAUCAACAUAGACUAAUACAUAGAGGAGAUCGCAGAUAUAAGUGUCAUUAUUGUGAAAAAGCAUUUACUAGGACAGAAGCUUUAAAUAAUCACAUAAAAAUUCAUACUGGUGAAAAACCACAUGCUUGUGAUGUUUGUGGAAGAUGUUUCAGACAGAAAGGAGAUAUGAGAAAACACAGACGAACACAACAUAUUGCUAAACAAGAUGCAAAAUAGGCGCGAUGACAAGCACAAACAGGUGCGCAGAUGCAACUCAUACAGAACAGGUGAUACGACUGAUGUCUCGUGAUUCAUAUGAGAGAACCUUACGGUUCUAAUGAGUUACGAUUGAUAUAGAUAAAGAUUGUAUACAUAUAAAGAUUGAUUUUAAUAAAAUUGAAAUGAUGACGAA